AAAAACAGGGAUUUUGUAAACGGGGAAUUGGCCAAAUUAAACGUAAUCAUGUUGUUAUAUCACUCUCGCAUCUGGCCCCAGGAUGAUUGGCGAGGGCACCUCCGACGUGCCUACUGUCAGACUGGGGUUGACAAGACGCGCGUUGUGCUCAGUCUAUCCAGUGCGCGUUAACCAUGAGUCCGGCACUGCCCGGAGCGCCAAACUUUCACCAAUUACGCCCGGAAGUGUGUCGGAUCGCACUGAAGGUGUUGGAGGGAAUGAAACAUAGAGGGCACUUACAAUUUGUCCUGUGACUGCAAGUGCUUAGCUGAAGACUGGAUGCUCUGGUUCUCUGCAGCUGAAUCUAGUGACUGAGCCUCCCAUCUGUCCAUCUGUGUGUGUGGGUGUAUGGGUGUGCAUGUGUGUGGCUGAUUGUCUUAUCCUGGGGUCCCAAGGCUUUGCACUGGCUGAACUGCAGCCAUGGAGGUGGCCCUGGUAGACUUUGAGAGCCUAGAUGAUCUUGACGGCAACCUUGAUGAUGAGGUGGAAACAUACUCUGAUGAGACCACAGCUCUCACAGUGGACAUGCCCCCAGAGCACAGCUGCAGCCCGGGCAGCAACCACCUUACACAAGCCUCUCAGUUUUCCUCUACGCCCAAGCUCUCCUUCAUUUGGGAAUCCACCUCAUCUUCGCCCAUUCCAAACACACAGACACUAGGAGUACCCCAGUCCCCAACCAUGCCAACUCCAACCAAACAGGAACGCAGUAGCUGUGCCAGUAUGAUCUCCGAUUGGAAAUUGCUGCUAAACAGUGAGUGCACUAAGGAUAGUGAGACCAUCUUCAGCCGGCUUGCUAAGGAGUGCUGCGAGGAUCUGUUUGUAGAUAAACGAGGGCUGGAUGACGGAGACCAGAAAGUCAUCAUCAACAUUGCUGGUCUUCGUUUUGAGACGCAGCUCAAAACUUUGGACCAAUUUCCUGAAACGCUGCUAGGAGAUCAUUUGAAGAGGAUGGACUACUUUGAUCCAAUGAGGAACGAGUACUUCUUUGACCGGAACCGACCCAGCUUUGACGGCAUCUUGUAUUACUACCAGUCAGGGGGCAAGAUCAGACGUCCGGCUAACGUUCCGCUGGAUGUGUUUGCAGAUGAAAUUCUGUUUUAUGAGCUUGGAAAUGAGGCCAUGGAGCAGUUCAGAGAAGAUGAAGGAUUUAUAAAGGAUGUUGAGAUCCCUCUACCUAAUAAUGAUGUGUACAGGCAAUUCUGGCUGCUGUUUGAGUACCCAGAGAGCUCAAACGCGGCCCGUGGUGUAGCACUGGUGUCUGUUUUUGUUAUUGUCAUAUCCAUCAUUAUUUUCUGCAUGGAAACGCUGCCAGAAUUCAGAGAUGAAACCGACCCAAUUGUGCCCACAACGCUACAGCCUUUUAACCAAUCUAGAUUUUACAGUUCUGUGGCUCCAUCUGGCGUGAAGCCCACAACUUUCUCUGAUCCCUUUUUCAUCAUUGAGACUGCCUGUAUUGCUUGGUUCUUCUUUGAGCUCUGUGUGAGAUUUUUGGUCUGUCCUAGCAAAAGGGAUUUUUUUCACAACCUUAUGAACAUCAUUGACAUUAUAUCCAUCAUCCCUUAUUUUGUUACCGUGGUUACAGAAUUGAUCACGACGCCUCAAGAGAACUCAGGACAGAACAUGUCUUUGGCCAUUCUGCGUAUCAUCCGUCUGGUAAGGGUGUUUCGUAUAUUCAAACUUUCACGUCACUCCAAGGGGCUGCAGAUCCUGGGUCAGACUCUAAAGGCCAGCAUGCGUGAGCUUGGCUUGCUCAUCUUUUUCCUCUUUAUUGGAGUCAUCCUCUUCUCCAGUGCUAUCUACUUUGCUGAGGUAGACGAGCCAAACACACAGUUCGUCAGCAUACCCGAUGGCUUCUGGUGGGCUGUGGUAACCAUGACCACAGUAGGCUACGGGGACAUGUGUCCUAUUACUAUGGGAGGUAAAAUGGUGGGCACCUUGUGCGCCAUCGCAGGUGUGCUGACCAUUGCUUUGCCUGUUCCCGUCAUUGUUUCAAAUUUCAACUACUUUUAUCACAGAGAGACAGAAGCAGAGGACAAGUUGCCCUUGUCAGAUGCUGUUGAGCAAGCCAUGAAGGCUGAAUCAGGUACAAAAGAGGGUUGCAACACCUCUCUUAAUAAAGCCAAUGGCGUUUAGCAGACUGACAAAGGGAAAUUAUCAUUCAAGGACACAAUUUAGAAGAAGAGACUUUGCCACAAAGUGGGAAGGAGUUGUGAAGGAAAAAGAGUAUAUGAAGGAAAUUAGUUGUUUUGAUUUUCCUCUAAUAAUAGUUUAAUGGGAUCAGUGAGAUAAAGUAUUGGUAUAU